UUCUUUCGUUAUGCGCGGGUGCCGAAUUGAUCUGCUGUAAAUACAAAUCGAGAAGCGCGCAAAAAAAUUGAUUACAAAAUAACAUAUCCGAGAACUCCUUUAUCAGGCUGAGAGUCAUCAGGUGAUUCCUCUAACCUGCCUGUUAAACCGCGAUCGCCCCAGGUUCGCUCCGCAUCUUUACAACCACAUGGCUCCACGAAACGAACACAAGGAUGGCGGCCAUGGUAGCGGCGACAUCAAGCCCGAGAGAGGCAUUGCGACGCUUGCCACGCUCAGAAUUGGAACCAAGGCCAUGGUCGAGAAAGAUGGCGAAAAACGGAAAGCCGAAAUCUUGUCAAUGCAGACUCGCAGAGGCAGGCCUACAUUUUAUGUUCAUUACGAAGAAUUCAACAAACGACUGGACGAAUGGGUUGCGGCCGAACGACUUGAUCUCACACAAGAAGUGGAAUGGCCAAUACCCGAGAAGCCAGAUACAAAGAACAAACAAAAGACACAGCAAUCCAAAAACCAGCAGUCGAAAAGCAAUUCAAAGGGGCAAACCAACAAUAAAAAGCGAUCAAGAAGCGGCACAACCACAGAUGAAGUGGUCUCGACGCCAGAUUCAAAACCAACGCCGACAGUAUCCAUUACCGGUGGCAAGGAGAAUCGUGACCCGACAGUCGCCGUCCUCGCGACUGAGGAAAGUGAGCUCAUAGAACAGCCUGAAGAUGAAUCCGCCAUCGACCUCGUUGAUAUGCAAGAGGCUGCGAUCAAAGCCAAAGCUGCCCCUGAUCACGAGCCAUAUUCUCGCGAGGAGGAAAUCGAGAAGCUUCGUACUGGUGGUAGUAUGACACAAAAUCAGACAGAAAUCUCACGAGUGCGGAAUCUGGAGACAAUUCAGAUGGGCCCUUACGAAAUCGAGCCUUGGUAUUUUUCCCCCUAUCCGGCUGAAUUCACAGAUUGUGACGUUGUUUACAUCUGUGAGUUUUGCUUGGGUUACUUUGGCGAUAAGUUGCAGUUCGGACGGCAUAGGAAGAAGUGCACCUUGACUCAUCCACCUGGCAACGAGAUCUACCGCGACUCAAACGUUUCAUUCUUCGAGAUCGACGGUCGGAGGCAAAGGACCUGGUGUCGCAAUCUCUGUCUCCUCUCGAAGCUCUUUCUCGACCACAAAACUCUCUACUAUGACGUGGACCCUUUCUUAUUCUACUGCAUGACCGCGCGAACGGAACACGGCCACCAUCUCGUCGGAUAUUUCUCAAAAGAGAAAGAAUGCGCUGAAGGCUUCAACGUCGCCUGUAUCCUCACCUUACCACAAUACCAGCGAAAAGGCUACGGCGGCCUGCUCAUUCAGUUUUCUUACGAACUCAGCAAAAUUGAAGGCAAGCUCGGAUCGCCUGAGAAGCCGCUUUCGGAUCUUGGUCUUCUCGGCUACCGAGCCUACUGGCAGGAAGUAAUCGUCGACCUCUUACUCGAACGCGAAGCUGAGAACCCGGGCUCCAGCGCAGGAAUCUCCGUCGAAGAUCUCGCGCAGACCUUGGCCAUGACGACCAAUGAUGUGUUGCAUACCUUGCAGAACCUCAACAUGUUGCGCUACUAUAACAAAAACCAUGUCAUCGUCCUGACAGAUGCGGUCGUGUUGCAGCGAGAGCAACGCAAAGAGAAGGAGAAGGUCAAGGGCAAGCGGGUCAUCGAGCCGGAGAAAUUGCUUUGGAAGCCGCCUGUAUUUGCAGCGAGCGCGAGAACAUGGAACUGGUAGAUGCCUCUAGGCGCGAAGGUGCAAUGGCAUUUCAUCAGAAGCAGUUGAAGAUACCCAAAGAUAUGAUUGCGUGUUUAUGACUCGAGCCUUCCCUCUGUCCAUCUUGCACUGUAUUGCUGGCUCCUUUUGUGUGCCUGCGGGUAGAGGUACUCCUCUCAAGGCUUCCGUCGUGUGAGCAAAAAGGGGGGGUGGACAUGAUUAUGUUCUGCGGUAUUGUUUGGUAAAGGGGCAAUUCCGCCAAAAAUGCAAAAUGAAAUCUGAGGUCU